UUCGAAAUUGCAGACGAAUUUCCUCUUUUUCCUAUGGAAUGAAAUUUAGUCGUUUUCCUUGUUGUUGCCUUGUUUCAAAUUAUGGAUACGACGGAAACAGCUCUUUCUGUCAUUGCUAAAUCCCUGAAGUCCCAAGGGAUUCAGUAUGCAUUUGGUGUUGUUGGGAUUCCUGUAGUAGAGGUAGCUUCUGCUUUGCAAGAAGUAGGAAUAAAAUACGUUGGAAUGAGAAAUGAACAAGCGGCAUCUUAUGCAGCUGGUGCUAUUGGGUACCUCACAAAAAAACCAGGUGUUUGUCUUGUUGUUUCUGGCCCAGGUUUGAUACAUGCUCUGGGUGGGAUGGCCAAUGCUCAAGUGAAUGGAUGGCCAAUGAUUGUGAUUGGUGGAUCAUGUGACCGUGAUCAAGAAGGCCUUGGAGGCUUUCAAGAAUUUCCACAGGUAGAAACUUGUCGCUUAUAUAGCAAAUAUUCAUGUCGUCCAUCAGAUGUCAGCUUGAUUCCAUUUCAUAUAGAAAAGGCUGUCCGAGAAAGUACAUAUGGUAGACCUGGAGCAUGUUACAUUGACUUGACAGGUGAUAUAAUUAAUCAAGAAGCAAAUCAAUCAAAGAUCAUUUAUCCUUUAAAAUGUCCAGAUCCACCAAGUGCUGUGGCUCCACCAACAAUGAUAAGCUCUUUAGCUGAUGUGUUGACCUCUGCAGUAAAGCCAUUGGUAAUCAUUGGGAAAGGUUGUGCGUACAAUGGAGCAGAAGAUUCUUUGACACGUUUAAUCCAAAACCACAAGCUCCCGUUUUUACCCACUCCCAUGGGUAAAGGUGUUGUUUCCGAUUUUAGUCCAUUUUGUGUGGCAUCUGCAAGAUCCAGAGCUCUUGCUGAAGCUGAUGUUAUAUUAUUACUUGGAGCAAGGCUUAAUUGGAUUCUACACUUUGGCAGACCCCCAAGGUUUAAUCCAAAUGUCAAAAUCUUACAGGUUGACAUUCACAUGGAGGAGCUUCAUAGCAGCAUUCAAAGUCAAGUGGCAGUUGCAGGAGACAUUGAAGCGAUAGUGAAACAAAUUUCCAAUGAAUUGGAAAAGCGUCAUUGGAGUUUUAAUACAGAUUCACUUUGGUGGGAAUAUUUGAAUAAAAAGAAAUCGGAAAAUGCCCUAGCUGUUAAAGAAAUGAUUUCUGACAAAUCUCUUCCUUUGAACUACUAUGCUGCUUACCAGGAGAUUCAGAAUUUGAUUCCAAAAGAUUCUGUUAUCAUAAACGAAGGGGCCAACACUAUGGACAUUGGUAGAACCAUGUUGCUUAACAGUUUACCGAGACACAGGUUAGAUGCCGGUACAUUUGGUACGAUGGGAGUAGGUCUAGGAUUUGCCAUUGCUGCUGCUCUGUGGUGUCAAGACUAUGCACCACAAAAGAGAGUAGUUUGUGUCCAAGGAGAUAGUGCUUUUGGUUUUUCAGCAAUCGAAAUGGAAACCAUUUGUAGAUAUCAACUUCCAAUUAUUGUCAUCAUCUUGAAUAAUAAUGGAAUUUAUUCGGGAUUAGAUGAAGAGAGCUUUAAAAUGCUUGAUGAGUAUGAUGUGCAUCUUGCUCUAUGUAUUCCUCCUACAAGUCUUCUACCUGGAGCCAAAUAUGAAAAAAUAACAGAAAUGUUUGGUGGCAAAGGCUAUUCAGUACAGUCUACUGAACAAUUACAGCAUGCUCUAAAGGAAGCACUUUCUUCGUCUAGCCAACCUGCAGUAAUUAAUGUCUCAAUAUGUCCAACUGCACAAAGGAAACCACAGGACUUUCCUUGGUUGACAAGAGCCAAAUUAUAAUUCAAAUUUCAUGUUUGAUGGCUAUAAGAGUUUAAAACAUAUCAUUGUGAUCAAAAAAUAUCAAGUAUUGAUGGAAAAUGUAUUUUUUCAAUUGAAUUAUUGUAUCAAUUGUGUGUUUGUAUAAAAUGAAAAUGUGUGCAAUAAUGUAAAGAAACUCUUUAAUGAUUCUAAAUUAUGAAACUUUUAGAAAGUAAAACAUUCCUUCUGAUCUCACUAUUGUUUUAUACUUACAUUUUUUUAUGAAAACUUUUAAACAUGUGGAGCAAUGUCACUCUAAUGAGUAUAAAAAUGAAAUGUUAUAAGCAUUAUUUUUAAAUUAAUAAUUUUAAGAAAAUAUAAGACCUUUUACAUUUGUAAUUAGAAAUAUUCAAAAAAUGUUAAUUUUAUUUAUGUAUUUGUUAUGUAUGAAAC